AGGUCCAUUGGGUGAGGUCAAGGGAGGAGGUGAGGGUGAGCAACUUGGAAGCAGUAGCAGCCAUGAGAUUGUCAAGUGGGAUAUUGAAUGAAGGGCAGAGAAGAGGAACUGCAGAAUCCAAGCAGCAAAGGAAGAGGAAGGAGGUCAGUAGAUGACCAUGAACCAAAGGUGAAUAUUGUGGUAGAGGCGGACAGAGUCAACAUCAAAGUAGGAGAAGGUGAGGGAGGGUUCAGUGGGUAGGACCAAAAAGGUGCAGCAGGGGAAGAGAACUACUGCCACUUCAACCCCUCAAUGGUCGCCAGGAUGAGAGGUGUGAGAGAGAGGCCCCAAUUUAGAGGGCAUCUGAGGAAGUGUCAGGCGGGGAGAGCAAAGUUUUGGUGAUGGCAAUGAGGGUGAGGGAGUCACAGAUGACAGGGUCAUGGGUGAAGCCCAGUUUCAAUGGGUGCAGAAGAAAGUGAGCCUGAGGGCAUGGGGAUGAGGAUGGCAGAGUAGAGGGUGCACUAAGAUGGUUCAGGGGUGUAAUAACGGGUGUGAAAUGGGUGAGAGAGGACAGAGGAGGCAGAGUAUAUCUAUCUAUCUAAUCUAUCUAUCUAUCUAUCUAUCUAUCUAUCUAUCUAUCUAUCUAUCUAUCUAUCUAUCUAUCUAUCUAUCUAUCUAAUCUAAUCUAAUCUCUGACUCUUUCUGCCUCUCUCUCAAUGCCUGAGCUUUGCAGUGAGACUAUCAGUCCCAGCCCUGGCUCAGUGGGAAGGAGCUCAGUAGUAAAGCCGCACUCCUCCCACUCUGAUGCUUCAUUCAUGUUCCUGGUCAUCUCCGCCCCGUGACGUCUCCGGCCCCGCCCCGGCAGCAGAGGAGAGUUUGGGGAGAGCCCGGAGCCCGCAGCGCAGCAGAGAUGGGGGGCUACAUCCCCAUAGAGAGCACAUGAUGCGCCAGUGACCCGGCCGGGUGUUCAGACAUGCCCGGGCUUUUACAUCUGUUUCUGCUAACUUGCUGCCUGCAGCUGCUGUGGGGGGCCCCCGCCUCAACCCCCCGACCCUCCCAGGGGAAUCAGCACUCAGAAGAUAGCCAGAUGUCUGUCAGACCACAGCCAUACAAGAACAUCACCAAUGGCGGAGAAAGUGACGUGUUUCCGUCUCAGGACAAUUUCCCCAAAGAGGAUUCCACCUUUAUCCUAGAUUUACAGAACCUGUCCAAGGCUAACCUCACCUCCGAGAACCCCAAUAUUCAGGUCACUAUCGAGGUGGACCCCAGCUCUCAGACAGAAGUUGAGUUGGACCUCUCCGAUACUCGCACAGACUGGAAUGAUCCGGACUGGGCGUCACAGCAUGAGCUCUUCUGGCCACUGUUCUGGGAGUACAGCGAUUUCCCCAAUGGAAAGCUUUCAACCCCGGGCACCGUGGGGCCGGACACGGCUGAUUACUCACAGUAUGACUGGGAGGACAACAUCCUCAGUGGUGGAGAUGCCAACACACAUGGCACCCCCGGUGACAACUGGAUCUCUGAGGACAAAUAUCAUUACGACUAUGAUGAGGAUGAGUGGAGUCACUGGACUCCGUGUAGUGCUACCUGUGGCCGUCCCAGUCAAAAACGUACCCGAUCCUGUGGCUAUUCUUGUACAGCAACAGAGUCUCGAGUGUGUGACCUUCCCUCAUGUCCAGGAGAACAGGAAAAUGCAGAGAAUGCAACUCUGUGGACCACUCUGGCCAAGAGUGAGACCCCGGCUCCAGAGUCUGCUCACCAGGACAGCUGUGACCGCUGGCUGACAUGUAAGAGCGAGUUCCUGAGCAGCUACUUACAGCGGGUGCUGACAGAAUUGCCCAGCUGCCCCUGCUCUUACCCAUCGGAAGCCGUAUACAGUUCACUGAUGCUGCGAGAUGAAAAGCUGGCUAGCAGUUUCCGCUGGAGGGAUGCAAGUGGCGGCCGGGAAAGACUGGAUAUUUACAAUCCUGGUGCUCACUUCUGCUUGCGUUCGUUGCUGUCUCGAGACAGCAGCAGCCUGGGAGCGCAGCACUGCUGUUACGACCAUUCCCUGAGACUGCUAACCCGCGGCCGUGCAGCUGGGAUCCCCAACCUGAUCAGUGCAGACUUCUCCCCUGAACUUCACUACAAAGCGGACGUGAUGCCCUGGAUCCUGUGCAAGGGCGACUGGAGCCGUAUCCACAUGCUGCGUCCCCCCAACAAUGGGCGGGGCUGUCCUGAGAACCCCUCUGAGGAGGAGUAUCUGUCCCAGCUCCAGGAAGCUCGGGAGUUCUAGGCACAGUGGUAGUGCGGCUGUACGUGUAGACUGCGCCAGGACGGCUGCUGCUGCGGCAGAGCCAGUGUUCUCCAGAUUUUGCCAAAGAGUUGUAAUAUAUUGGAAUUCAGUAUUUCGCCACCAAUGUUUAUAUAGUGAGCAUGGUACACGUGGUAUGGAGUGUGAACAGAACAGGUCUCUAAUCCACACACACUCACUAUAAAUCUUGUGUGCCUGCACAAACGUAUAAAAGGAAAUUAUGUCCUUUAUUCAGCAAAACAAAAACAAAAGUGCAGUGAAUACAGCUGUAAUAGAGUAUAUACACACAGCUGUGUCCUAUUAUAUGGGGUGACUACGCCUCCUUAUACAUUACAAAUCUUACCUUGUUCAGAUAAUUUUACAUUUUGCCCCCC